AUGGCUCUAGGGAGAUUCUCAAAUUCCCAAUUUCAAAGACUCUUUGGAGACCUCAUCUCAUGGUUUGGAGCCAAAGGUGUGCACACCAUUAGCUUAGCACAUUGUCCUGCCUUCCAUGAUAGGAUAUACAACAACAGCUCCAACAUUGAUCUUGCGUUUGCCACCGACCUUAAGAAGAAAUGUCAUUCUAUGAUCGCCAGUACCAAUGUUGACAUUUUGGCACCUCUCAGCAUCGUCUUGUCCACAAAGUUUUAUAACAGCUACUUCAUCAAUCUGAACCAAAGGAAAGGUCUUUUAGAAUCUGAUAAGAUUUUAUUCCCCCAGGGAAAUAGCAUCUCUGCAACUGUAAAUCUCAUAUCACAGUAUAUGAAAAGUCUUGAAGAUUUUAAAAUAGACUUUGCAUCUGGAAUCAUCAGGAUGAGCAAAUUUAACCCAUUCACGGGCUUAAGCAAGAAACGUUAG